GGGUAGAGUACCAAGGUAAACAAUAGCUUAUGCGAAUGCUGUUACGAACGAAUCUGCUUGACUAGUUUUCCGUGGCAGGACGCUAGGACAAAAUGGAGAAUAAAUCCGACCUCUUCCUCUUCAAGGCCCUUCCUCCGUUGCUUCUACGAACUGAGUGAUCUACAUGUCUCCGGUCGGAGACAGCGUGGCCGCCCGUCCCUCCCAUCACCGCAUCGCUAUCGAGUUGACCGUGCAGAUCAGAUGUUAUGGAGUUUGACAGGUACUUCGAUACAGCCAAAUGGUGACACGGCUUGCUCUCUUAAGGACAGCCCUCGCAGCAAUCAGCUGCUCAGUGGAGCAAGUAAUUUGCGGUCGCCCCUGCCCCGGCUGGAUCUGCAUAGCUUGGAUUCUCUCCCGAAACCUGUGGGCUCAAACGUUGAUUUUGCUACAAAAUACUGUCUCAUAUCCUGGCGCUUGUGCUGCUAGUGUUCCGGGAGAUAAGGGUUUGGACAAGAAGGACCUCACCGGUCAACCGCUCCCCGUUAGUGAGGCAGAACUAGAGGCGGCACAAGCAUUGCUUGCGCUCAGCGCACGUUCGGCAAUUGACACCUCUGGAACUCAAGAAGAGCCUGCGGCGUCGGCAGCAGCAGCUCCUCCAGGCGGGCGCGGAGCCACACCUGGAGCGGCUGAUCCCAGCACUCGACGAAGACGAUCUGCAGGCGCAUGCAGGCGGAGGAAGGACUCUGGCUCCAGAAGCUCUGCACCGGGGGGAGAAGGCCUUGCUCGUACCGUUUUAUUGGAGGGACGUGGAGAGGUGACAUAUGGACAGCUUGCGCUUGGCAAGCUGAGGAGCGAUGCGAAGACGCUUCGAGAGGAAUGGGGGAGUGAGGACAAUUACGUGGCGCGAAGCGUCGGGCGUCUCAUCGUCAGUCAGUCGGGUCCUGUUCAGUGGUCACGACUGCAGGGAUGGGUGGAGCGUGCGCAAAAGAGGUUUCAAGAGCGGUCAUCUGUGCGGCUGAGAGAGGCCGCAAAACUGGAAGAUAUGGCGGAAGAAGUAAAGCAGAGGUUGGCGGCAGCUGGGGUGCACCUCCCAAGCUCCAGCGGAGACAGCUCGCCGCAAGCCGGAACGCGUGAUCAGCCCUCCAGAACAGGCGCCGACGCAGGCUCACCGGAUACGGCAAGCGUCAGUGCACCAGUAUUGACCAAAAAGUCUUGUGUCAUGAUCGGAAUUGCGGAGCUAAGAAGGCAGUCGAAGGAGCUCAGAGAAAUCUGGACCAGUAGGGAGGAGUACAUUGAACAACACGUUGCGGAUCGCAUGGUGCGGACUCCCAAUCGAAAUGUGCCUGAUCGCUUCGUGGGUGAAUGGCGACAAGCGGCCAGAACGAGGUAUAACGAGAGAGUGACGCAACGGCUGGAGAAGGCAGCAGAACUUGAGGCCACGGCAAAUGCAUGGGAUAGACGAAUUGCCUCAGACGCCGAAAUUUGGGAGGACGUUGAGGAAGGCACUCCCGUCGGGGCGGGAGAAGCUCAACAAGUUGCCGCAUUAAUGAGGCCGGCAGGUCGUCCAGUCAUUCGUGGCCUAAAAUACUACAAACAGGGAACAGCAGACGAAAGCAUGACGAUUACUUCCUCAGCUGGACCAUCAGAGAGCGGUGCUCCUGAAAGCGCUGCACAGAUAGGCUCUCUGAGCGGAACAGUGCUUGGUAGCACUAUUCUGCUGCCACAAAGGGGCGCUGUGACAUACGUGCAACUUGCCAUUGAGAGGAUGAGGCAAGAAGCUCGAGCGCUUCUGUACAGAUGGGGAAACAUGGAGAGUUUCUUACACAGAAACAUUGCGCUACGCAUGUAUCGCCUGAAUAACAGAUCUCCAAGUGUAGAGACAGUCCGUCAGUGGUUACAACUGGCGCGAAGCAAGUACAGGCAUCGAGGGCGUAUGCGUUGUCAGGAUGCUGAAAACUUGAACAUCAUGGCCAACGAGCUAGAGCGGAAUGCUGAAGCAGCAGGAAUUUCGCUACGAACCGCGCAGGAAACAGCUACACUGGAAUCGGGAUCUCCUGGUCAAGCACCAGUUGCACAGGCAGCAGGAACCCCACGCGGUGAGUUCGGCGCUCUCAACGGCAUGUUUCAGCUUUGUGCUGACGAAGACCGGUCAAUCUGGCCGUGACACUGGACGUCGAAGCCCCUCACAGUUGAGCGACGUUUCGUAGAGUUUAUCAGCGUCGACGUGCAUGCGAGCACGCCACAGACGUACCUGCUUACCUGAACUCCAUGCAAAGCUUCAAGCGUUUUUGAGAGGGGGGAGGCAACAGGAUAUCCCUGUAGAGAGUACCAAUAACAGUUGCAUCUUUGUGAAACCGUGA